GUCGAUUACUUUUGCCUUGAUAGCUGAAAGUCGUGUUGCUGGGUGGAUUGCUCUGUAAUCGUUACCUCGUGAUCACUACCUUGUUUACUGUUCAUCAAUCAACGGUGAGGUACAUCUGUUCAGAGAGCUCUAACAGCAAACCAGAGAGAAUCCGCCAAAGACCGACACACACCGAAGAGGCUACCAUGAUCGCCCGGCUAUGAGACAUCUGGAGCCAUGGCGGCUUGGCACCGGAUAACCGCCCUAUCUUCGCUGCUCCAAGUCGGGUUGUUAUUGUUGUUAUUUUCGGCUCGGAGCAGCGGGAAAACGCUGGAGAAAUGUCUCGGAGGCAAAUCUUGCCAGCCCCCAAGACCCCCCGUGGUCCUCAUUCCGGGGGAUUUGGGAAACCAGUUGGAGGCAAAGCUGGAUAAACCCAGUGUGGUCCAUUACAUCUGCUAUAAGAAGACAGACUUUUUCACUUUGUGGCUCAACCUGGAGCUGCUGAUCCCUGUAGCCAUUGAUUGUUGGAUUGACAACAUAAGGCUUAUCUACAACAGUACCACACACAGCACCUCAUCCCCCCCGGGUGUGGAAAUCCGUGUCCCGGGAUUCGGACAGACGUAUUCUUUGGAGUAUCUGGACCCCAGUAAACGUAGUGUAGGCAUUUAUUUCUUCACUAUAGUGCAGGCGAUGGUAGAGUGGGGCUACACCAGAGAUGAUGAUGUCAGAGGAGCGCCCUAUGAUUGGAGGAAAGCCCCCAGUAAGCCACCAUGCACACACUUACAUUAAAACCCUGGACCGUUACCCUAAAUUAUGAGCCUUCACUAGUAAAACCCAAAUGACACUUCCUCAUUCUUGUCGUUUUAAAAAAUGAUUUACUAAAACAAUCUUGAACUAAUUUAUAAUUGGAGAACCUGUAUGUGGUUUGUGUCCAGAUGGAAAUCAUGGCGGUUUUUAACAUGUCCCUAGAGAGUUUAACAAAAUAUAUCAUGAGGGAAAUAAGAUGUGAACAUCAUGGAUGAGCAAACACAGAAAACACAUUCAGACAGCCACAUACCCAAGGAACGAAUAAGAGCUGCACAGUCAGGCCGCUUGCGAACAGGCAACUGCUUGGGGCCCCGGACCAG